CUGGUUGCGCUGCGCGCGGUCACAAGUCACAACUCACAACAGUCACAACCCACUUUACCCACUGCCCACAUUGCCCACUACGGGGGCACUAUCCCAUCCGUUCCAUCCCAAAUCCCAACCACAAAACUACCUAGUCACCACACGGACACGACGUUCGACGUUCAGCAGCACAGUUCAGCAUUCAGCACUAGUGUGCAGUGGUCUCGAGUGGUCUUUCACGUUGUACGAUCGGUAGAAAAAUUUAAUUAAUAUAAUGUCGAUAGCACUCGGAAUGUGCGAGACACCCGGUUGUAACGCCGUUGCGAGUCUCCAAUGUCCGACUUGCUUGAAAAUCGGUAUCCAGGGUUCAUAUUUCUGCAGCCAAAAUUGUUUCAAAGGUAGUUGGAAAACGCACAAGGUUAUUCAUCAAUUGGCGAAGGGAGAAAAUGGAAACAAGGUUACCGACGCUUAUAACCCUUGGCCAACCUACAAUUAUACUGGGAAAUUACGACCGUACAAGAAGGAACAACGUAGAGAGGUCCCUGAGCGUAUCGCUCGACCAGACUAUGCCUUACAUGCCGCUGGGAUACCACUCAGUGAACAAGCUGUAAAAGGUUCUGGCCAGAUAAAAAUUCUUGAUGACGAAGAGAUUGAAGGCAUGAGAGUCGCAUGCAAGCUUGGUCGAGAAGUCUUGGACGAAGCUGCAAAGGCCUGUGACGUUGGCGUUACCACAGCUGAAAUUGAUAGAGUAGUGCAUGAAGCUUGUAUCGAAAGAGAUUGCUACCCAUCGCCGUUAAAUUAUUAUCAGUUUCCCGCUAGCUGUUGCACUUCUGUCAACGAAGUGAUUUGUCACGGUAUACCCGAUACUCGACCCUUGCAGGAUGGCGAUAUUUGUAAUGUUGACGUUACGGUGUAUCACAAUGGUUUUCACGGAGAUUUGAACGAGACCUUUUUAGUGGGUAACGUAAAACCGGAAGUAAAAAAGUUGGUGGAAGUGACGUACGAAUGCUUGUCCAAGGCUAUUGAUAUAGUGAAGCCUGGCGAAAAAUACAGAGAGAUUGGUAAUGUGAUACAAAAGCAUGCACAGGCGCAUGGUUUCAGCGUGGUUCGUAGUUAUUGUGGUCAUGGAAUUCAUCGUUUAUUUCAUACCGCGCCGAAUGUACCGCAUUAUGCCAAAAAUAAAGCAGUUGGUGUUAUGAAACCUGGGCACUGCUUCACAAUUGAGCCAAUGAUAUCGCAAGGCACGUGGAAAGACGAAACAUGGCCCGACAAUUGGACCGCUGUUACAUUGGAUGGUCAAUGGUCAGCGCAAUUCGAACAUACGCUUCUAGUAACGGAGACUGGUUGUGACAUUCUUACGAAACGACUCGCGAACGACGGUAGGCCAUGGUUUAUAGAUCACUUGUAGUAGCGUUUCCUUUAUUUUCCUGCAACGUUUAAAACAUUGCGAAAUUUGUGCGAAGGACUCCAAUGUAAGUUGUCUUCUUGUAUAUUGUACUAAAUACAAUAAUUUUCUGUUUUUGCAAAUGUAUAGUAAUAACAAACGAAAAAAAGAAUAAACAAAAGAAUAAUUGAAUUACCCUUUCGAAUUUUGUGCAUAAAGGCACUUAUCGUUACGUAUACUUGCCGCGGUGCAUGAUAAUUUUAAAUGCUAAAUUUCAAAUUAAUCAAGUUUUCACAGAAAGAGAGAGAGAGAGAGAGAAACAUGUACCUAAUAAACGAAUAAUUUGUACUUGAGUAAAGUUA